UGAUAAGAAAUGAUGCUCCGCCAAGUGCAUCGCUUUGUGACGCGGCUUAAACUCAAGCAUGUGGUACCAGCGGCGAUUGUCCUGUUUUUUCUCUGCGAUAUUGUGGGAUUAUUCCACUAUCUACGUGCCAAGGACUACGAAACAUCUUUCCAGUGGCCAUUGGAGGGCAACAUUCUUGAAUUGGCCACACAAAUGCGGCGCGGAGAGACACCGACCCUAAAGCCCAUUAACCCUCACGAUUACAUGCUUGUGAAACACAGCAAGGGCAAGUGCAUUCAAGAGGACGGUGUUCAUUAUGCAAACUUGCGUCUCAUUUACUUGGUCAAAUCCGCUGUAGAUCAUUUCGAGCACCGUGAAGUGAUUCGGAAAACAUGGGGAUUUGAAAGGCGUUUCUCGGAUGUUGAGAUUCGCACGGUUUUCUUACUUGGUCAACGCCCAGAGCAACUUCAUCUUAAGGACAGAGUGAUGGAAGAGUACAAAAAGCACAAGGAUAUCCUUCAAGGUGACUUCUACGACAGCUACUUCAAUAACACUCUCAAGACUAUGAUGGGUAUGCGAUGGGCCAUGGAGCAGUGUCCAACAUCCCGAUUCUAUUUCUUCGUAGAUGACGACUACUAUGUAUCCACUCGAAACACAUUAGCCUUUCUCCGCAAUCCCUUGAAUUACCCGCAUUAUUUGGAAGAUCCCGUCGUGAGCUUUGACGAUGAAACGUUCCAAGUGCGAAAGCUGCAACAAAUUGUGAACUUUGAUAUCCCCACCGACGCCAAGUUGUUGGCCGGUUUUGUGUUUCGAUCCCGUCCAUUGCGUCAGAAAUGGAGCAAAUGGUACGUCGAUGUGGAAGAGUAUCCAUUCCAUCUGUGGCCACCUUAUGUGACCGCGGGAGCCUAUAUCAUGUCGCGCACGGCACUCUCCGAUAUGUACUUCGGGUCGUAUUUUGUCAAGCGAUUUCGCUUCGACGACAUUUAUCUAGGAAUACUGGCCAAGAAGCUGGAACUUGAGCUGACCCAUUGUGAUGAGUUUCAUUUUCAUCGAAAACCAUACACAGUGCGUGGCUAUCGUCAUGUGGUGGCCAGUCACGGAUUCAGCGAUCCCCAGGAGAUGAGUCGCGUUUGGAAUCAACAAAAAGAAAGCGGCAAUGCUUGAAUUGGUCUCUUCUAUUAAACCUGCUUACAAAUAAGACUAGAUAAGCGUCA